AUGAGCUUUACAAGACGAGAAGUGUUCUUUGUGCUCUCUGUAUUAGCCUUGACAAUGCCGUUCUCAGCUGGAGUCACCAAUCUACGAGAUGUUUCGGCGAUUAAUAACUUAUACAUAACUUUGGGCGCACCAUCUCUAUCUCGGUGGCUUUCUUUUGGAGGAGACCCUUGUGGAGAAAAGUGGCAAGGUGUCGUCUGUGACUCCUCAAACAUUACAGAAAUAAGGAUACGUGGCAUGAAGGUGGGUGGAGGCUUAAGUGAUACUUUGGCUGAUUUUUCAUCAAUCCAAGUGAUGGACUUCAGUAACAAUCAUAUUUCAGGAACAAUUCCGCAGGCUUUGCCUUCUACCAUCAGAAACCUAUCUCUCUCUGGCAAUCGCUUCACGGGGAAUAUUCCCUUUACAUUGUCCUUUUUAUCCGACUUGUCAGAACUGUCGUUGGGAAACAAUGUUCUAACAGGAGAUAUACCUGAUUACUUUCAGCAGUUAUCAAAACUGACAAAACUAGACUUAUCGUCUAACAUACUGACCGGGCGUUUACCUCCUUCCAUGGGAGACUUAGCGUCUCUUAAGAUACUGCGUUUGCAGGACAACAGGCUCAUCGGAAAACUUGAUGUUUUAGAGGACCUUUUCUUAACCGAAUUGAAUGUAGAAAACAACCUAUUCUCAGGGCCUAUACCGCCAAAUCUAUUGAAAAUUCCGGAUUUCAAAAAAGACGGAACUCCGUUCAAUACAUCGAUUAUAACACCACCACCACCAGCUCCGGUUGAUCCUCCUCCCGCCACUCACCGUGCUCCUCCUGCACCUUCUGUUCCUCAUCUCCCUCCUGUUUCCGGUGUACCCCCAGCUCCUUCUGCUCCUUUUGCUCCACUGCCACGACAACCACCACCGUCACCACCUCUGGUUUGGUCACCACCUUCUGUUAAUGGAGGAGUAGAUCCAUGGAACUCUAUUACGGGCCAACCAACCUUGCAAAUAUCACCACCUUCAGGCUCAGGGUCAGGAAAAUUCUGGUCCACGCAAAGAAUCAUUCUAGUCAUUUCUUCAGUGGCCAUAAUUGUUCUUGUAGCCGGUUUGUGUGUUACACUUUGGAGAUGUUUUAGAAACAAGACAUCUAACCGAUAUGCAUUUGGCUCUGAAACUCGUAAAGAUAUACAACGACCAUACUUCAACAAACCUCCUUCUCAACCAACCCCUAUUAUGGAAAAAGUUUCAAGGGAGCCUAUGGUUAAGCCUUUUGAUGGAUAUGGAGCUGGAGACAGGAAAUACGGUUAUCCUAUGCCGCAACGGGGUGAAGAAAGCCGGAGAGCGAUGCUGCCUCCUACUUCAUAUUACAAUAAGGAUGUUAACACGCCGCGAAAACCGCUACAACAACCACCGAGGCAUUUGCAGUCUAAUGAUGGUGGUGCUGCAAAGAGAGCGGCUCAUUUUCCUCCGGGAUUGAAUUCUUCAUCUUCAGCUACUGUUUUCACCGUUGCUUCACUUCAGCAGUAUACGAAUAGUUUCUCAGAAGAGCAUAUAAUAGGGGAAGGGUCGCUUGGUAAUGUCUACAGAGCUGUGUUUCCUCAUGGGAAGUUUCUUGCGGUGAAGAAGCUGAGCAAUACUAUCAACAGAACGCAGAGUGAUGGGGACUUCCUCAAUUUAGUAUCAAAUGUGUUGAAACUCAAGCGAGGGAAUAUAUUGGAGCUUCUUGGUUACUGUAACGAGUAUGGUCAAAGGAUGCUUGUGUAUGAGUACUGUCCUAAUAGAUCACUUCAAGAUGCACUACAUUUGGAUCGCUAUUUGCACAAGAAGCUCACUUGGAAUGUUCGUAUGAAUGUUGCGUUAGGAGCUUCCAGGGCGCUGCAGUUUCUUCAUGAGGUAUGCCAACCACCAGUUGUACACCAGAAUUUCAAGUCUUCAAAGGUUCUCCUUGAUGAAAAGCUCUCAGUGCGUGUUGCAGACAGCGGUUUGGCUUAUAUGUUACCACCACGCCCAACGAGUCAGAUGGCGGGUUAUGCGGCUCCUGAGGUUGAGUACGGAAGCUACACAUGUCAGAGCGAUAUAUACAGCCUUGGUGUUGUCAUGUUGGAACUGCUCACUGGACGCAGACCAUUUGACAGGACAAGGCCAAGGGGACAUCAGACACUAGCUCAGUGGGCGAUUCCUCGGCUUCAUGACAUCGAUGCAUUGACAAGAAUGGUUGAUCCAUCGUUACACGGAGCAUAUCCAAUGAAAUCAUUAUCACGUUUUGCAGAUAUCAUAUCACGUUCUCUUCAGAUGGAACCAGGAUUCAGACCGCCCAUUUCAGAAAUUGUCCAAGAUCUUCAACAUAUGAUCUAA